AUGUCUGGUUCUUUAAAACCACCGCCAAAGCGGAUCACAUCGUACCAACACUACUUCAAGAAAGUGUUUGAGAAGCGAUUGCGCUACUGGAACAAGAUUGCGUUUCUUUUGGCCCUAGGGGCAAGCUUCAUUUUGGCAUUUCCUUACAUGAGCAUCUGGAGAAACCUAGCCUACACCUUCACCUUCAGAGGGCUCCUUUUGUACUUGGCCUUGUUUCUCGUAAAGCUUUGCCGAAACUCUAAUGCGACUGUUGAAUACAGCAAAAGCAAAACUUUGGCGCAGCAGAUUGUCCGCAGCGUAUUCACCCGUCGCUAUGUCACCAGCUUGCUCUUUUACUUGGGCUCCUCGUACAUGAUCUACGGCUUGUUCAUGUUGCAAUUGCCCUUGAGGUCGCAGUAUAGCAUUGUUGCCAAAGAGUUCCGGAGAAGGCCGGCAAUCAACGACGAGUGGGUGUAUUUCUGGUUUCAUGCUUAUUAUGUUGCCUUGAUGUAUACGGUGCAGCACAUUGUGUUUCAAAGAAACCGACUUCAGUUCAGGUACGGCGUGAACCAUAUUAGACCGGACAGUGUGUUGUUCACGAAGUUCCCUUCGCUUUUGGGGCACGCUGUUUUGUUUAAUACCGUCACUUUGGUGAGCUCUCCAGUAGUGUACUGGGUGAUCAGGUCCACUAUCUACAAGAUCAAUUGGUUAUUUUUCACGAUUCUCUCGUUGGACCUGACGAUUCCAAGGUUCCACAUUGGCUUCAGGACUUUGUUCAACAUCUCGUUUGUGUCGUUUUUUGUGUUUUUGCUCUGGGAAAUCGUCAAUCAUGUCUACGAUACCUACGCCACCAUUGGCUGCUUGGACGGGAAGAAGCCCAUAAGCAGUUAUAGUGCCGACCCUAUCAGCACGAUCUUGUCAUGUUUACGUGAUGUGGAGCCUGAGAACCAAAUAAGCAGGUUGACGGCGUUCCAGGAAUUGGCCUAUUUGGCCACUACCGACGAUCCAGAAGGGGUCAAAAGACGUAAAGCUAUCUAUAAUGCUCACUCGGUAGCAGGAUUUGUGUGGCCAGCAAUUCUUGAUGAGUGUGCAUUGGUGAUCAAAGAAACGUCUUCAAGGGUCAACUAUCGUUCUGAAUCUGAUAUGAAGGCACUUCGAGGCUCCCAAGAAAGCACCAAAACUGAAGAGCCCCUCACCGAAAAUAAGGAUUCCUUCUUAUUUGGCAACUCAUUCAAUACAACAUCAGACACCACUCAGCCGCUUUUUGAUGCUUCCUCUAGCCCUCUUAAGAGGUAUGAGGAGGUAGCUCCUUCAAAGCCAUCAUUUUACACUCGCAUGGAGAAGAGUCCAUUCGGAAAAAUGAUCAUCGAUAAUGUUCUUAAACCAGCACACAAAUACUUGUCCGUCUAUCUCAACCCACAAGAGUCCAGAUCGAAACCCAAGGGCUUCACGAACAAGGUGGCUCUUCUUCAACAAUACUACACUGAAUAUAGAAAUGAGGUUCUUGAUUCUAGUAUUGGUGUCUUAUUCAGAAUCACUCUCAAAAGAGAUACAGAGUCUAGGGUGGUGAAUCCUGUCAACUACGGGAAUGCUGUCAUUGCCUUGGCCGGGAUUUUGAUGCAUGCUGUGGAAGAAGAUCGAAACAACACCGUCACAGGAGCCCAUAUAAGUGAGGUGUUGAACCUCCUAGAAAGGCCAAUAAGAGCAUGUGCUAAUUACACGGACAUUUUGCCUGCUUCAGUGUACCUCACGAAGGAGCAAAGAGAGAAUGAGCACGCUACCAGGCAGCAUCUAAUUGCACUAUUGCAUGACUUGACAAUCCAGCAGUUUUUCCAUCUUUGUGUUAAAUACAAUCACAAGCUCAACGACUUGCUGUUGUCAUCCAGAGCUUUUAAACUCGCCAAGUGGGUUAUUGACGCAUCCAUCGCUCAGCAACAAAAAGAGAGAAAUCCUUCCGACUUGUAUUACUAA